CUUUUUCUACUCGUCAGAACAAGAAGAGGCACAACGUCAGCAGAGAGGUCAGACACAGGCAUCAAGUGAGAGCGGCAAAGUUUUGUGAUACACAGCGCGGAGGGAGAGAGACAUCUGACACACAAGGAGGGAGGGGGACUCAGCAAACACUCAGGCAACCAUGGAGGCAUUCAACUCCAAGGAUUUGGCCAUGAAGGCACAGAAGAAGAUCCUCAGCAGCAUGGCCAACAAAAGCACCGUCCAAAAAUUCAUUGACGAUACCACUAGUGAAAUAUUGGAUGAACUGUACCGGGUUUCCAAGGAGUACACAGGAAAUAAAGGAGCAGCUCAGAAAGUCAUUAAAAACCUGAUCAAGAUUGCUGUCAAGAUUGGUGUGCUGUUUAGAAACAACUGUUUCAGUGAGGAGGAACUAAAACUAGCCCAGGAAUUUAAGAAGAAGCUCCACACAGGAGCUAUGACAGCCAUCAGCUUCUAUGAGGUGGACUUUACCUUUGAUAAGACUGUGAUGUCGGACAACCUGACAGAGUGUAAAGAUCUUCUGCUGAAGCUUGUCAACUCCCACCUCACCUCGAAAUCUCAUGAUCGCAUCAGCCACGUCUUCAACCAUUACUCCGACCCUCAGCUCCUGACCAAACUAUAUGACCCAAGCGGACCCUUCAGACCCCACCUCACUAAAAUCUGUAAAGGACUCAACAAACUGGUAGAGGAUGGGACAAUAUGACGUGUGAGGAACAUGCUUGCAUGACACAAUGGGAGAUAAACAGGAAACACACACUUAAGACUCUGGACUGGUGGACAAAAUUUAUCUUGCGGAGUUGCUGAAGAAAGGCAACUUCAGACAUCUGGUUUGAAAACAAAUAUGGCUCCUCUUUGCUUUUAGAGAAUAUAUCUGAUGAAGUCAAAAGUCAGGAAAAUGAUAUCUCAAUUGUACAAUAUACAGAGGGGGCACACACAUCCUGUGCAAGUAAAGUACAUAAAAAAUAACUUGAACUUCAACAGUUUUAAACUGUUAUCAGUGGUCCAAAGUGUUAUUGUUUUAUAUUUGAGACUGUAUUAUUUUUUUUUCUUUUUACUGAGACCUAAGAACUGCGCACAAUUGUGUAAGAAGAAUGAAACAGCAGUUGAAGAGUCUUACCAAACUGGACAGAGAUGCCACUGUGCUGCAACACCACCAUCUGGUGGUUAGCCUGUGAUUCUACAGAAACAGUGCACUGCUUACUGAAAUAUGGAGAUGGACAUACAAGUAAUAAAAAAGGGAAAUAACCACAUAACAAUAACAGGAACAAUUAUUCUCAUCGUAAGGAACUUUCUCGUCUGGCUAUGUGAAGUUUUUCAAUUUUGUGAUAGGGUAAAGUUUCACAGAAGCACCAAAACUGUAAAAGUUCCAGCAAUGCAGAAACAAAUAUUAGUUUAUUAAUCAUUGAAUCACAUAAAAUAACAAAAUAAAAAAAAUAAAGUCUUAGCAAAUAAUAAAAGACGCUGUUAAAAAUAUCCUAAAAACA